GCAUACCAUGAGCAACUCGAACUGGGGGGGCGAGCAAUGGUCUGUGAUAUACAAUUAUGCCUAUGUAAUGUGGGGUUUAAAAUAACUCUACGUCGCGAAUUUCUAAGCCCAUAUGGGCCAAGUGUUGAUGUUGUUGCGCUACUCUUACUACUGCUCCUUUACGCCCCCUUACCCUCCCGCAAUAUGCCCCUCCUUCCACCUACAAGCGGCUUAUCCAUACAUGAAGAGAGAGUGGAGAGUAAAAAUCGAUGGCGCUUGGACUACGCCACGGGGAAUGGAAAAGGGGAGGGUAAAGGACGACGCACGGUAUUUUACUAAGUUGGAGCUCAGGACGGGUUCUUUGCGUGGACGGUAUGGCCUCCUGGCAUGCCACAACGCUAUUAUAACCGUGGAACAACAAGACAGCAAUGGUUGGCCCUAUAUAGCUACAGUAGAAACGACCACGAAAUGAAUAACGACGUUCUUUGAGCCGUUCGCUCGUAGCUUCAGUUGUUAGUACUCGGUUUUCGCUAAACUUCGCUGUACAGUUUGCUGUAAGGCGGGCACCCCUUUACAGGAGGCAACGACGACGACGACGACGGCGGGAGCGGCAGCGGCGGCGGUAGCGGCUGCAUGCUUUAUGUAUAUUUUGCUCUACUAACGCUCUACUGCGCUUGACAGUCGCCAUCAACGUUGGAUAGUAUCGUUUUCCUCUGUGCUUUGCCGCGUCCAUUGCCACGUAGCGUUUCUUGAGGAGUCAUCGUAAGCGUGUUACUGUAACAGAUUUCGAGAUGCCGUUCGAUGACGAGUUACUCCCGGCCCCGCCAAACAGCACCCGACUUUGUCCUGAUCGAGUGCCUUCGAAAGGAAUCUCUCUCUCCACCCAAGCAUCAGAGGCAAUGGUAGAAAUCGGCGGCCACCGAUUGCAGUACGAUUGCUCGCUUUAGACGAACAAACAAACGAACAAGUCUUCGAACACAUACUGCAAAAAUUUAGAUGCGUCAGAAAGUCGAAAUCUUGUUAAAGAUUAGUUGUAGACUUGACUCAGCUUUUGAUUUGCAUAAGCCUUGAGUUCUCAGUUGCUGUUAACAUGCUGAACCGGUCAUAAUCGCAAAUGAAGUCAAGCUCGAAUCUGGAAAUGGCGUGGUAUCAUCGAUCAAGCCUAUUUAGCCCGUUAAGGCCAUAUAAUCCAGAUUCGCCAAGAAUCACGACAGGCGACGAACAUCACCCUCGUCAUUCUGACUAUUACAACGACGAUUAUUCCUAUAUUCAGGUUCAGGUACAACCAGACGGUGAACCGAAACAACCGGCGGGUCUGCAACUGGUUAAUGUUCAACGAAACCUAAAGCCUGCACCACCUCGUGUGAUUCUCUCACCGCAGAUUCGAAUGGCGACAUCGGCUCCACAGAUGCUUCGUGCCGGGCACCAUCCGUCGCAGCAGUCGAUGCGGUCGGCUGGCCCCCAUUCGAGCGGGCCUCAUCCACUUGGUUCAUCUAUGGCAAGAGCAGCAGCAACAGCAACAGAAGCAGCAGCGGCGGCGGGCCUAAAUCAUAUCCGUAGUAUCCCCACGCACCCCGGUGGAGGUCCCCACUACCGUUUAGUCUCAUCGGCUCCUCCGUUUCAGCCUCCAAUGAAUUCUGCCCCACAGGAGAUGUAUUAUACACAUCCAGUCUCUAGUCACGGCACCGUCUCUAGUCAUCAUCACGCUCAUGUCCAUCAUAAUCACCAUAAUAACAGCAUUAGUACGAGCACGGAUGCCAGCAGUGGUAAUAAUUCAAGUGGAAGCAAUAGUAAUGGUUCACAUGGGCAUCAGCCUCUCCACAUUUCGGGUGGGGGCUCUUCACAUGGCGCUGGCCAUCACCCCGUUGGUCAUCCGAGCCAAACCCAGAUUCAUGCUGGCUACCAUUCCGGUCCUCAUGGCGGAGGACACCAUUCCUCCACCGGUGAUGCCUCUGGUCACUCUGGCCAGCCCUCGUACAGUAAUCCAUCGUUUUACCAUCGUUACCCCACAGCUGCCAGCUAUCACCAUCCGACCGGUCUCUCGACUGUUAUGCCCCCACCUUCAUCUCCUGUAAUCACUAGCCAGCACCAACAGCAGCUUGGCGGGACUUCUGCCGCUUCUGUCGUUGGUGCAACUGGCGCCAGUGGCCAUGCUGCUGUAUCGACGUACGGCCGAGCGAUAGUGAGUAGUUCGGGUAGAAGCACUGGAGCGUACUCGAUACAGCCUCUUACACCAUGGGGCCGACUUUCCGCUUCCUCACCUUUCGUCCAUUUAGCCCAUAGGGUGCCAGUUUCAUCAAUGGGGCCUGCUACGUGGGGUCGAAGCGCUGGGCCAGGCGGAGGGGGUAGUGGCGGGGUGAUGCCGAUGGGCCCGGGGGGACCUCCGGGAAGAGCCAUACGUAUAGCGACAGGCGCAAUGUCGCCUCACUCCGUAGCCUCAAUACAUCCUCACUCAACUAUCGUCCAUCCACAUCCAACGCACACGUCGCGGCGCGGUGGAGGCGAAGCGAUGAUGUUGCGAGCGAUCACCAGUGUAAACGGUUACUCCCAGCAGCAGCCACAUUACCAUCAAGCAACUAACCACUCUGCUGCUACAGUUCUACCCGCAACCAGCUCCGGGUCUCACGAAGUGGCGGUGCAAAGUGGCGCGGGAGGCCCCAGUAUAAUAGGAGGAGCUGUGGUGCCGGGAGUGUCUUCUUCUUCUUCGGCAAGUUCUACCCCGCCACCGUCAUCGGCGUCGUCUCUAGUUGCCGCUAAUGGCGUUACAGGUGGUGCUAGUAGUGCAGGAGGAGUAGGCGUGCCACCUGGCCACCGCAAAGAGGACGUGGUCCUUCAUCAGCCACAGGGGCAGGUCACAAUGCAGGCCGGAGCCACUAUGGCUGCCCCGGCAGUCAGGCCCCUCACGGUGCAAACCGCUCAUCAACCGCCAGCAACAACAGCUGGUGGAGGUCAACAACAGCAACAAAAUACAGCAUCGCAGAUGUCGCCGAACACGGCUAAGAAGAAAUGUAAAAAUUUUCUUGCUACAUUAAUACGCCUUGCGUCUGAUCAACCUGUGCAGACAGCAACUAACGUCAAGGCUCUGAUCCAGGGUCUGAUUGAUGGUAACAUUCCACCCGAAGACUUCACGACGCAACUUCAGCGGGAGCUCAACUCCUCUCCACAGCCCUGCCUCGUUCCAUUCCUUAAGAAGAGCUUGCCGCAUCUUCGGCAGUCCUUGAUGACGAAGGAGCUUUCAAUCGAAGGGGUUCGACCGCCACCUCCAGGUUCACUUGGGCCGACGACGACGACGACAACAGUGGCCGCUCCGGUUUCGCAGCCUUCGCAACCGCCGCAGGCCAUUAUAAGGGCCGCUAGCGCUGGCCCGACAACGACAACAACCGUUCGUUUGCUGCAACCCCAGAGACUGGUCACCGUGACGCCGCCGCCACGAGCCAUUUUGAGUCAGGCCGGUCAUCCCAUUUCGGCGACGGGCGCCAUGACGAAGAGUAUUGUUGUACAGGCCCCUACACCAACGAAGCCCUCACCCGCCCCUAAGGUGCCGAAACCACCAGCAGCGCCGAAGACACCCGCGACACCGAAAACGCCAGCGGCCUCACGAAAUGCGGCCCAGGCGGCCGCUGCUGCGGCCCAGGCGGCAGCAGCCGCUGCCACCGCGGCCGCCUCGGUGGCCCCAGCCACGCCGGCCUCUACCACAGCUGUUGCCACCGUUGCUACUACCACUGUUGCCGCUGCCGCCUCUACCCAGGCAGCUGUAGCUGGCGCAGGGGCAACUAUUCCAGGUGCGACAACAACCACGGGUGCUGCGGAAAAAGUCCGUUACGGAUCGGCUUUGCGCGAAGAUGACGACAUCAAUGAUGUCGCUGCAAUGGGCGGUGUCAACCUGCAAGAGGAAAGCCAGCGGAUUUUGGCGAGCAGCGAGCUUGUUGGCGCAACACGAAGCUGUGGUGACGAUGUGUUCCUAUUUAGUGUUGCACUCGAGAAAAAAAUUACCCAAAUUGCCGUAAAGCAUGGCGUAGACACCGUCGACCCCGAGGUGAUUAAGCUUGUUUCGCACGCCGUACAGGAGAAACUCAAGGGCUAUUUAGAACGGCUGAACAUUGCCAGCGAACAUCGGGCUGAACCGCCAGCCUUCAAGGCGGACGCGGCACGUUUUGAGCAAACGACAGAUCCCCGGGCACAGUUGCGAUUCGUGGAAGAACUCGACAAGCUUGAAAGGAAGCGACACGAAGAACACGAGCGGGAAAUGCUCCUUAGGGUUGCCAAAUCACGGAGCAAAAUGGAGGACCCUGAACAACUGAAGCUGAAACAGCGCGCCAAGGAGAUGCAAAAAGCCGAAAUGGAAGAGAUGCGUCAACGUGAAGCCAACAUGACGGCCUUGCAAGCAAUCGGACCAAGAAAAAAGGCCCGUUUGGAUGGCACCUUGGGAGGAGUUGGCAGCGGGGCCGGUAAUAAGGCUGCACUAAGGCCUCGCAUCAAGCGAGUGAACAUGAAGGAUGUCUUAUUUUUGCUCGAAACAGACAAGAACUGGAUGCGUAGCAACUUUAUAUAUAAAAGUUACCUCAAAUAGUUUCCUCGGGCUAGAGCGCUCGCUGCAAGAGAAUGUGCGUAGAAGAAGGUUAUAUAGGAUCACGAUUUGUGAAAGGUAGCUCUCUUACUCUCUCUAGAAUGGUUUGAAAGCAGACAGAUGAUUCUUGCCAAAAACAUGCAUUGGUACUUUUCCCACUAAAGUAUUGUCACCGAAAUGGCAACGAAAAUUUGACCACACAAAGGUGAGAAACCUACUGGUUAGGUUAAACAUUAUUGCCAAGACCUAAAAGUGGAAACAGUGGCCUCUAGCUCGUGUGCAUGGUGUAUGCAUGGCAUAUCUUCUUUGAAGGGAAUCGUUUUUGUGAAACCUGCAGCCAUGCGAUUGAGCAGGCCUAUUUAUAUGCUGAUGAUUAUCCUUCCGUUUCUCUCCAAUAUACAUAUAUAUAUAUAUACACACAUACACAUACACACAUAUAUAUGUCGUAUGCAAAUAAAUCACCAUGGGGCGCCGUGCGUGCUGACGAGUAAAAACCGAUGUCCGUAACGUUUCAUUUCUAUGUACGUUCUUAUAACAAAGGUCCAAAACAAAUACGAAAUUCUAAAUAUGAUGAUGGUGAUGAUUUAUCUUGAUCUUCCUACUAUUAUUACUAUUAUUACACUUCUUACUAUUAUUACAUUCUCUUGCAUCCGUGAGAAGUCAUCGCUAGUCACCCGUAGUUAUUAUUAGCGGAUCAGGUCUGCUCGAAAGUUAGAGAGAGAGAGAGAGAGAGAGAUAGAUAGAUAGAGGUGAGGUAGAGGAGAGAGAGAGAGAGAGAGAGAGAGAGAGAGAGAGAGAGAAGCGUUUCUGUUUGGGAAGCUAUCGUAAAGGUUGUUUGAUUCGUUUCGAUAGUUUAAAAAGUGAACAUAAAAUAGUUCGUGUAAGUACACAAGCAGAAAAACGUUGUCAAAGAUGACACCGCUAACAUUUGUACAAAGAAUAGUUUCGAAAAAGCUACUUCUGCUAAAACGGAACACAACGACUGUUGUCUGAUAGGAUAUGUUCAUCGUGCAUAGAGGUUAUUGAAGUCUACGCGUAGCACAUUGCAGACGAUGAUGAGAUCGUGGGUUCGCCACGGAGACUACAGAUUAGCGUUGUAUGGCAAAGAAAAGUGGCAACGACGUCAGCGUCGACCACAAGUUCUCCCUCGCAAUCUCACUAUCAAAGACAAUUCUUUUCUUUCACUUGACAUUUGCAUAUACUGUGUGUCGGUUCUAUUGAUGGAAAAGAUGCAACGACUGUAAUUAACCAAGGCCCAAAAAUUCAAGUUUUGCGAAAAAUUGUAUUACUUUAGUUAGAGUUUUGAUGAACGAGGCGGUUUUUAUAAAGAUGACACCUAACUGUUAAGCUUCGACAUACUUACUAGGAUUUUGUGUACGUUGGCAGUGCUAUUUUUUUUUUUAUUAGUAUCAGUAACCAGGGAACUCAGCGAGGUCGUCUGUCCUCUGUCGUAAUGGAUCCAAAUUGAUUACGUGAAGUAAUGUCUCAUGUGUGGAUGGGUGGUAAAUGUAGAGAAAGACGGUACGGCAGAUUUAGUACGACGAAAGUGAACGGCAGAUAAAGAAAUGCUCGCCGCUGUAUCUGCGACCGCAGCGGCAGCACGAAAAGAAGAUCUAGGAGAUGGGAAGCAGUGAAUGAGAAUAAUAUUUGUACAAAGUGUGUACAAUUUUCAAAUGAUAUGGACAAAGAACGAGAAAUAUAAACACUACAACAUUUGUUCCGAAAAAAUCUAGAAAGAAAAAAUGUAUGCUGGUUCUACA